AUGACACUACCUCCCCAGCGGCCCAAUGUCCAGAUAGCCGACCGGCACCACGAAAGAGGAAGGGGCCUCCAGAGAUGCCCAGGACCCGUUACCGACAUGGAUCGCAACAUACACAGCGACCUAACCUGCCAGUGGGUCAUGCACAUACAAGAUCCAGACGAAUCUACUUAUGACGGCAACACGGAGGGGCUCCCUACACGGCGAAGCAGAGAUCACGAAACGAGAUGCAGCACCAUAAUCCUAGACUGUCGGUGAGCCACCUCAAGCCGCAACACGGACUCACCCCAGGGGCACCCCCCCACCGCUCCUCUCACAAGCAUAUGGCCCCAUGCCACAACGGCAGGCCCCACACUCUAAAGCAGAAAGAACCUCAUCGAGGAAUCAACGCUGCCAUUAUCCUGUGCCAACUGGUCAAGCCUCCAGAGCUGGUGUCGGUUGAUCAGGGGGAACUAAAUCAGAAACGGACCACGCUGCUGCAAGCCCAAAGGCUGUGA